AUGGAAAAGGGGUUUCUUGAUAAAGUAGAUGAUAAUGCGGCUGUGCGAAUAUGGGCUGAGACGACACAACGAGAGAAAGGUGAUAGUCUUACCACGGGACACAUGUCAGAAUUGUGGGAUUUCGCCCGUAUCAGUGUAAUCCAGAAUGACCUUCGAGAAAUGAAAGAAGUCUGGGAUCGAUGGGAUGUCGAGACCAAGCAGCUGUUCUAUUGCAACUACGGUGACCUGCCUUAUCUGCUCAGUGUCAAAGUGGACAAGUAUUUAUUUCGAGCCCUUGCUCAAUUUUGGAAUCCCGCCUAUGGUUGUUUCACUUUCGGAAAAGUAGACUUGACGCCUACUGUAGAGGAGUAUACGACCUUGCUUCGGUGCCCAAAGAUUCAAGUCGACAAGGCUUAUUCUAGAGCUGCUGGGGCCCUUCCGUUAUUAAAGAAACUAAUGAACAUUACUGGGAUGAGUGAGCAGUGGAAAAGGGUCGAUGUCUUCGCUUUAGGUAUCUACGGAUUAGUGGUCUUCCCCAAAGUAUUAGGACAUAUAGACGAUGCCGUUUCUGAUCUGUUUGAUCGGCUUGGUAAAGGGGUUACUCCCGUUCCGGUAAUACUGGCUGAAACUUUCAGAUCUUUGAACGCAUGCCAGAGAGCUGGAGAGGGAAGGUUCAUUGGAUGUGCUCAGCUCUUACUAGCAUGGUUUCAUAGCCACUUCUGGAAAGUAGAAAAGAUCUCUUAUCGGGUAUUCUCUGAUAGCUACUCUCCUCUAGAAGAAUUGGUAACCACGCCAAGACGGGAUGACGUUUCAGAAGAAAAGUGGAUGGCGAUACUCCAGAAUCUCCGAGAUGAAGAUAUUGAGUGGAGGGCUCCUUGGCUAAUUCCUGAUGAGAUUUUAUACAGGUGUGGAGAUUUUGACUGGGUUCCUCUGCUCGGAAUAUGGGGAGCUAUCGGAUAUGCUCCUCUGCUCGUAUCAAGACAAUUCAGAUCACGACAAUUCAUACCAGCAACACAAGGGUUGGCCCAUUGUGAAUUUUCCUAUAAGGAGGACAAUUACAAGAAAAGGGUUCGAGAAAUGUCUAAUGCCUGGAACCAGACUCACCGAAUGAAAAUAUUAACUGUGGGACCGGUGAUGACCCCCGAGUAUAGUCAGUGGCGUGAUCAAAGGGUCAACGAUAAUAUCCCAGCAUCAAGUCCAGAAACUGCUCAAUCUUUAGAGGAGCACCUAUAA